CCUUAUCCGUGUUGGAAUUCGAUUUGUUUUCCUUCUUUGCAUUUCUAGACAGAUAAGAUUGAUAUGAGAAAAGGUACUUUGUAAUUGAACAGUUCAGGAAAAACAGAUCAAGGAAAUAGAUCAGAAAAGUUUGCUGAAUCUUCAAGCUGCAUUUAAGCCACUUCAGAUGAGGAUGCCAUGGGUUGGUACGUCUAUUUAAGAGAAAGAAAUUGUGCUGUGUAGCAGGUAUUCCACAAGAGUUCUUUUUUUUUUUUUUAGGGAGGGGAAGAGGAUGGUGGGGGAUGGCUCCUGGAGGACUUGAGAUGGAGAGCCUCAGGAUUGGUGGAUGGCUUUGCUUGGCAUGGCCCCCUGCCAAGCCCUUAUGUCUUUAUAUACUGUUAACAGAAGACCAUCCAGUCCCGAGUGUGUCUCUGUCUUCACCCCCCCCCCUUUCUCUCUAUCUCUGCUACUGCUCUUCUCCUCUCUUCAGCUGCUCACCUCAUCUGCUGACCUUCAUCUGCAUUUGCAUGCACCUCAGUUUCCUUCUCCACAAGAGCAAGACACAUCUUCAAACACUUUCCUCCUUUAGAAAGCAGCUUAAAAGAUAUUAGACCAAAUUUUAAAGAAAUACAUCUCCAGUUGUUGAUAGUGCUGCCUUGCGAGAGAGAAACCAUGCCACAGCAGAUGUUUCUACUGUCGGUGGUGUCCAUGUGGCUUUUGGCUGGGCACUUCCUAGCUGAAGCAACAUACUACAACCACCCCUUGUACAACCGCCAUUUGUACAAUUACCGCCACCGCAUAUUCAACCACCAUGCCAACAUGGACAAUCUACUGCCUCCAGAGGUCCCAGCAGAGGCGGAGGUACCACCUCCUCGCACCUUUCAUGGGAUCAUGUUCGACGCCGGCAGCACCGGCACCCGCAUCCACAUCUACAAGUUCAUUCAGAAGGACCCAGCUGGGCUGCCGGUGCUUGACAAUGAAAUGUAUAAUGCAGUGAAGCCUGGACUGUCAGCAUAUGGAGAUAAUCCUGAAGAGGGUGGAGAGACCAUCAGACAGCUGCUGAAGGUGGCUAAAAAGACCAUCCCCAAGGAGGAAUGGUGGCAGACCCCCGUGUUACUGAAAGCCACCGCUGGCCUGCGGCUGAUGCCCAAGGAGAAAGCCCAAGCUCUGUUGGAUGAGGUGAAACAAGUAUUUGAUGAAUCUCCUUUCUAUGUGCCAGGCAACAGUGUCACACUCAUGAAUGGCACAAACGAAGGAGUGCUGGCUUGGGUUACAGUGAAUUUCCUGACAGGUCACUUGUAUGCCAAUACCAGAAAAACUGUAGGAAUCUUGGAUCUGGGUGGAGGUUCAACCCAAAUCACAUUUCUCCCAAAAUCAAAGAAAACAGUGCAGAAUGCUCCUCACGAUUACAUUGCACGCAUCGACUUGUUCAACACCACUUACGAGCUUUACACCCACAGUUACCUUGGAAAUGGACUUGUUGCAGCCCGACUGGCGACUCUUGGUGCACUUGGAGCAGAUGAUCUUGACCACAAAGUUUUCACAAGUUCUUGCCUUCCCAAGAAGUUCAGAGAAGAUUGGACCUUUGGUGGGAUCACCUACAAAGUCAGUGGAAUCCCAGAUGGUUAUGCAGGAUAUAAACUGUGCUACCAUGAAGUGAUGCGUGUGGUGAAAGGGAUCGUACAUCAGCCCUAUGAAGUCAAGGGAAACAGUGUCUUCUAUGCCUUCUCCUAUUACUAUGACAGAGCCGUGGAGUCUGGCCUUAUUGAUGGCUCCAGAGGCGGUGUUGUGGAGGUCAGAGAUUUCAAGAAGAGAGCCAAAGAAGUUUGCAACAAGAUGACUAAAUACCGUCCUAUCAGCCCUUUCUUGUGCAUGGACAUGACCUACAUCACUGUCCUUCUGAAAGAGGGGUUUGGCUUCAAGGACAACACUGUUCUGCAGCUUACUAAAAAGGUGAACAAUGUUGAAACAAGUUGGGCCUUAGGGGCCACUUUCGAUUACUUUCACAACCUGAACAUUCACUAAAGCCUGCAGACUUUUUGGUGCCACAGGGUGGGUAAACACAGGGUCAGAGUGAGGAACCUCGCCUACGCCUCACACUCCUCACUGAGUUUCAAGCAGCCCUGCACUGUAGCCACGCUCUUCUCCCUCCCUACCAUUCAAACACCCGGAGUUCUUUCCGCAACGAAAUGACCUGUAUUUCUGUAAAAACGGCCAGGCCAACCUCAUAUUCCUACUGUAUGCCUAACCCAGGAUUAGUUUAUUUUUGUAACUUGGGCGUUUACAUUUUUUUUUCUGCUUUCGUCUCACCUGAGGCGCUGCCUGUCUAUUUUGGCAGUCUUUGAGUUUGUGAUGGGUAGUGAGAUUUAAUACAACCAUUCACAGCUUUUUAAGGACCUCGCCUUGUGCUGUGUGCAGAAAUUUUAUGCAGUGGGAUGGGGGGAAAAUACAAUUUCAUUAUGGAAAUUAAUUGGAGCUCCCAAUAAGAAUGAUCAGUUUCCAUGCAGUAACUAUCUCUUGGUAACUGGCAUUCAUGUAUUUAUACAUUACAAAAAAUAAAUGGAUCCAAUUUGUAAAAAAUUUUUUUAGAUAAUAUUGCAGUACAAAUUCUAAAAAUACUAAACCCUUUCACAACACAAUUUAGUUGUAGCAGUUUAUUUACUGUUGUUUAUGCUUGUAAUUAUUGGUGGAAGACAGGUCGAGAUGGAUUCAGGAGUAAAUCAUCUCAUCACUGAAUUUGGUCAAGUGCAUGAAUGCUGUUGUAUGAAUUUAUGUACGUGUGUAUUUAUGUAUGUCUGUUUGUAUGUUGAGAAACUUUACCUUUAAUGUUGGACUGGAACGUCUAGUGCUACAACAGAAAUCUUGCAGAUAUUUUGGACAUGUAAGUACAAACUUGAGACAGCCAAAUUGUGAGUAUGUUACUGAUUUGUCUACUCAUAUGAACUCAGGUUUCUACCUAAAUUACCCAGUCGAUGAUAAUUGAUGUUAGAACACUGUUUGCAUUAGCACCCUUACAGGUAUUCUGGCAUACAACAUGAACACCUCUGUGGGAACGUGUAAAAAAAAAAAAAAAAAAAAAAAAAAAAAGGCUUUUGGCUCAAUGCACUUAAUAUCCAAAGUAUCAUUUGUGAAUUAUUGUAUAAAUAUUUAUUACGUAUAGAUAUUGUUACCUAAAUGCACAACAGUGCAUAUUCAACAUUGUUACUUUAUUUUGUAUGUAUUCUAUUCAUGACCAUUCAUACCUUUAACAUGCCUAUAUGUAUAUACACAUUACCCAUGACUGUAUAUAUCACCUAAUAAUCAAUAGGAUUAUUAUUCAUAAGUUUUUGUGACAGAAAUAACUGAUGUGAUGAUGUGCAUAAGUUCUAUGAAAGAUGUUAAUGAUUAGCCAUAUACUCACUGACAAACACAGCAGAUGCUAUAAAUAUGCUUCAGCCUGUUUCAGUCAUUGUUGAUUAUGUACCAUGUGAAUAAAAUAAAUAAACACUCAUUGUAUAAGACUUCUAAA